AUAAAUAAAGGACCUAUAAGCAGAAUAGAUUCACUCUCAGAAAGCAGAAAGUUUCUUUUGGGUGUAUCAAACAAAGUUCGUGCAGAAUCAAAAUGAAGACACUUUUGGCGGGAAUUCUGAUGCUGGUUGUGGCCGUUAAUGCUAAAAAACCAUGCCAGGUACCAAAGCGAUCUGUUGGAGACUACAUUACGUCUGUUUACAACAUUAAUACCGACAAGCUUGUCAUGGCUUCUGGUGGGAAGAUGUACUACGAUGAAAAUAACAAGCGCAUUCGCGUGGAGGGGGAGCAUGAAGGCAAAAAGUAUACUGUAUUAAUCUUCUAUAAAGAGGCCAAACAGUACGUGAUGGGCAAGGGCUACUGCUACGCUAUGCCCUCUAAAGGAGACUUCAAAGACAUGAGCAUUCCUGAUAACGCACAUUUGGUCAAUGGAGGACGCAUCGGUACAGCUUCCAACGGUCUGUACAUCAACAGAUAUACUGGAGAAAAAGAUGGAGGCAGAGGCAUCGUGACUGUCACGCAAAAGGAUUGCGUGAUAUCGAGCUCUGUAGCGUUAACAAAACACGAGGGAGCCAAUUAUCUCACUUACUUCAGCAUGACUAACGUAAGCCUUGACUUUGAAGAAAACGCUUUCGACAAGCCAGACGAAUGCCAUAGUUUGCCAGGCGCUAAAGCUCGUCGAUCUGUUGGGGGUAUCUGGGAAAACAUCCAGGGGGUGAUUGACUCCAUCUAAGACGAAACAAUAUGAUACCCGCAUAUAUAUCCUAUUCAUGUAUCCAAAAGACCGCGUGAGAUUGGUGCUGAUAAGCAUGAUAACGAGGUCAAUUGUACGUUAAUAGUGGGACGAAUUAAAAAAAAUGAAUUUUGAUUUGAA